GAUAAAAGUAUUACGAAUACGAAACACUUGUGUAAAAACUUGGUUAUCAUUCCAAUCAUCUAUCAUCCGCAGAUGGAGGAUGCCGAAAACGGACGAUUUGCGAGUUCAAUGGCCAAUAACCAAAUAAUCAUGUAUGGUUCGACAACAGGGGGACAUCGUACCGAUCAUCAGCCGUCCGCAAGCAGAAAUAAUGUAGCCGAAUUGAACCAAGGUGACAAACAUGUUCCUGCAUUUAGAAUGAGUCAAUAUAAUCGUGAACAUGGCUUAUUUAGAACUGCUCAACAUCCACGUGAUAAACAACCAAAGCCUAUAAAUUUGUUUUCUUCAUUCAGAAUGAGUUUUUAUAACUCAAGUACAAGACUACUAACGAAUUCGGAGAUUGAACUCCAAGAUGUCAGUUUAUUAGAAGGUGAUUCUAACCGAACGAAAAGCGAGACUCAGGGUUGCUGUUGCUGCUGUUAGAAUUGGUAUAAAAACUUAAUUAAGAUAAAGAUGAAAUCAACCAUUUGCAAAUAAAUAAAAGGUGGUAAAUUGGUUGCGAUUCAUUAAUGAAUGGAUUAAUUGAAGAAUUAAAUUGAAAAUGGAGUACAAGUUUAUCUGAAAUAUGAUUUUUUUUUAAAUAUGUUUUUGUGAUAUAGAUACAAUGGAUGCGCGUUGAUUCUUGAAAAAAGAAACAAUGAGCCCGAAGGGCGAAUGGUUUGUUUUUUCACGAAUCAGCGCUUAUCCAUUGUAUCUAUAACUUAAACUAUUGUGUUAAUGUCUUGUAAAAAUUACCGCCUAUUCUAAAUUAGAAGUAAUUGUAAGUGAGUUUGAAUAACCACUUUAUCGUGUCAAACGAUCCAUUACAUUAAAUUAAAUAUCACCAAUAAAUGAAUGUUUAAAAAUAAAAAUACAU